UCCCCGCCCGUCAAGGGGCUGAUUCGGGUUGGGACCGUGUUCGGCGGCGGGGGGGGGGGGAUCGUUUUAUGUCGUUUUGUCUCCAGAAUGAUCUGAUUUUUGAGGCCCCCGUGGCUUAUCUGAGAAAUUUCGUCUGGUUUACAUUCGUUCCUUCGAUCGUCUUCUCCCUUCUGUUUUUGGGUGCUCCGGAGAAGGCAGUUAUUCUUACAGUUCUUCUUACAUCUAAACAGAAUUUGCGUGGCCACCUCUGUUGCUUCUAAUAGUGCCGGGUUUUCCUCCUCUUCCUUGUUUAUUUCUUUGGACACCAAAACAAAAAAAUCAUCGAGUAAUGGGGAAAAGACGCUACUGUCUUGUGAGCUAAAGGCUUAAGAACUGUCUGGAUCAAAAUAAAUAAAGCGGUUAAAGGAAUAUUUUUAAAAUGUCAACUGUGAAGCAUAUAUCAUGAACUGCUAUUCCCAGGCUGAUUAUGGAGCUUCUAUCUCCUAGCAAGCUGAAGUUGUCAAAUUACACAUUACUGAAUUCUCUACCUUAUUCUAUAUGAUUUGCUGGAUUAAGCAUCUAUUUAGAGUAAUAUUUAUGCAAGUUGGGUUAACUAUGGAUUCAUUGCUUUGGUCAAAUAAAACUUAUGGCCCAAACAGAAGUAUUGUAAGAAAAAUUGGCUCCAACCUUUCUCUGAUACAAUGUCCAAGGGUUCAGUUUCAGCUUACUUCUCAGCCUGCAGAAAGCACUCAAUCUAACCAACUAAAAGAAGAUGUGGUAGUCUCCCUUGUAGAUGUAGGGUGGGUUGCUGAAGAAGAUGACGAAGGAGACAAAGUCUUUACACGGUUCCGAUCAGAAGGCUGGUCAAAAUCCCAACCAUUCCUUAAAAGUGAAGGCUCCUCAAGAAGAGAUUCAAGUACUGAAGAAUUGUUGCCCAAGAAAUCACAAGAAAUGGAAGAGUCUAAAACUCCAGUAGCCAAAAAUGAUGAAGCAUUGCAGAAAAUAAAUGCACUGGAAAAUGAGCUUGCUAAUUUAAGAGCACAAAUAGCCAAAAUUGUAAGCCUGCAAGAACAAAAUUUGGCAGCAGCUGGAAUAUGUUCUGCACCCCUUUCUGUCGUGGCGCCACCGCCGCCACCACCACCGCCACCCCUGCCUCCACCACCACCACUUCAGCACAGUGUUUCUGCCAUUGACCUUAUUAAAGAGCGCAAAGGAAAAAGAAUAAAUUCUGGCAAGACUCUGAUAGAUGGUGAUCCAAAGAAGCUUGAAAUGCCAAAUAUGCUAGAUAUCCUGAAAGACAUGAACAGCAUAAAGCUGCGCUCAGUGAGAAGGCCAGAGGAAAGCACAAUAAGGAAAACUGCUGAUCCAACAGAUCCUGCUGCUGUAAUAGCUGAAGCUCUUAAAAAGAAAUUUGCAUAUCGCUAUCGUAGUGACAGUUCAAGUGAAAGUGAUAAACAGAUUUCAACUUCUGAAACAAAUUUGUUUGGGCCACACCUUCUGAAACCUACAGGAAAAAUGAAGAAUCUAAUUGAAAAUUGUUAAGUAGAAAAACCAUGCUUCAGUAUAAAAGGACUCUCUCAACUGUUUUGAGAAUUAGGUUUAUAAUUUCACAACACUGAGUUAUGUGCCUUGCUUCCAUGAACAAGUUUAAAAACAAAAAUUCUACCAUGUUCUAACACAGGUUUCAGUAUUUAUAUACAUGCUGUGUUGGGCCAACACUAAGUUAUAAAUGUUACUCUUAAACUUAAGUGAAUGCAAUUAGUUUAAAUUAUAGCUUUGAUGUUAAUUUUGGGAAUAUAAUAGGACAUAUUUAUCCUAUAUUGACAUCUCAUUUUUAACUUGAAGUACAGACUUCACUGGAGCUUCUUUUCUUUCUAUAGGGUGAAAGUGACAAGACUUAAGAACUUUAUUAUUCAGCAAAAUUGGCUAAAUUUAAAGCAAAUGCUGCAUGUUGACCUAUAAAGCCAUAUAUUUAUAUGGAAGAAGCUAGCUAAAACUUAAUUAUGUUUUUACAUAGGAUAAAACACUAUAAUUGCAACUCCAUUCUAGUGAUAAUGCAUAUAUAAUGAACAUAUCAACAGCUACUAAUGAAACUUAAUAUUUAAUUAGCAUAGUUGACCUCCUUCAUAGACCUUCAGACCUGUUUACUCACAAGUUCCUGUAGAACUGAACUGCAGAUAAUAAACUGUCAAAAAAUAAUUUGAGAUUGG